GUGAUGAGUAGUGCGGCUUCUUCAGCAGUGUGGAAUGUGGAAAACAGUUACAAAGAGUUAGGUGGCAGUGUUUACAAGUCAUUGGAAUAUUCAUGGUCCAAUGACUAUUAUGUCAGGCUAAAGACACUUCAAAGACAGUUGGAAUUUUUGGAAAUUCAAGAGGAAUAUAUCAAGGACGAAAUGAAGAACCUCAAACGGGAAUAUCAACAAGCUCAAGAAGAAGUAAAGCGCAUCCAGUCGGUUCCGUUGGUUAUUGGACAGUUUUUGGAGAUGAUUGACGCCAAUACAGCUAUUGUUGGUUCCACUGCUGGUUCGAACUAUUAUGUGAGAGUGUUGAGUACCGUGAAUAGGGAACAGUUGAAACCAAACAGUUCAGUAGCGUUACAUAGACACUCCAACGCUUUGGUAGAUGUUUUGCCUCCCGAGUCGGACUCAACUAUUGCCAUGUUGCAGGCUGGAGAGAAGCCGGACGUUUCUUAUUCAGAUAUUGGAGGACUGGAUAUACAAAAGCAGGAAAUUAGGGAAGCAGUUGAGUUACCUCUAACAGACCCAGAUCUUUACAAGCAAAUUGGCAUCGACCCUCCAAGAGGAGUGCUCUUAUAUGGUCCUCCUGGAACUGGAAAGACCAUGUUGGCGAAAGCAGUUGCUCAUCAUACGACGGCUUCCUUUAUUCGAGUAGUUGGCUCUGAAUUUGUUCAAAAGUAUCUUGGUGAAGGUCCAAGAAUGGUAAGAGAUGUAUUUCGGUUGGCUCGAGAAAACGCACCUUGCAUUGUAUUUAUUGAUGAAAUCGAUGCUAUUGCGACUAAAAGAUUUGAUGCACAAACUGGAGCAGACCGAGAAGUUCAGAGAAUUUUGAUGGAGCUAUUGAAUCAAAUGGAUGGCUUCGAUCAGUCUACUAAUAUUAAAGUCAUUAUGUGUACCAAUCGCCAUGAUACAUUGGAUCCAGCAUUAUUGAGACCUGGUCGAUUGGAUAGGAAAAUAGAAUUUCCUCUGCCAGAUCGAAGACAGAAGCGAUUGAUAUUCCAAGUUGUUACAGGAAAGAUGAAUUUGAGUGAAGAAGUUGAUUUAGAAGACUAUGUUUCUCGACCGGAUAAAAUUUCAGGUGCAGACAUUGCAGCCAUUUGUCAAGAAGCCGGAAUGCAAGCCGUAAGGAAGAACCGAUAUAUUAUACUUCCAAAAGAUUUUGAGAAGGCUUAUAAAAUUGUUGUACGUAAAGAUGAACAGGAGUUUGCUUUUUACAAGUAAAGUUUGGAAUAAAGGAAUUGUAUUUGUUUUUGCAUAUUUCUUGUUUUCAUUUCUUUUCUUAGAAAGGCGACAUAUCAGAAGCAAUUAUCUGGGAAAUCCACUAAGAUAAGUUCUUUGUAG